AUGUCUUUGGCUGCACGAAGUUCCCUUUUGAAGGUUGAAGAAAUACAAGGAAGAGGGAGGGGAAUGGUUGCAUCUCAGCCUAUUAAAGCUGGUCAAAUUGUUCUAAGAGACUCUCCCAUUCUGCUGUAUUCAGCUUUGCCCUUGAUUAGACAGUCCUUGUCGUCGUCCUCUUCCUCAACGUCAUGUUUCUGUGAUCACUGCUUCAGAAUCUUGCCUCCAAUUUUACAGGGAGAUACUUCAUCAUCCACAGUUUUUUGUCCUAAUUGUUGCCACCACCGUUUCUGCAGCUCAACUUGUCUUUCAAAGGCAUUGAACUCCUCCCAUUCUUCUUGGGUAUGUCAAGCAUUAUCUUGUCUCAGAGCCAAUUCUCCCCUGCUUGAACAGCCCCUUGAGCUCCAAGUCCAAGCUAAUUUUCUCAUAGCUGCCUACAAUCUUGCAAAUAUCUCCCCUUCAGACUUUCAAAUUUUGCUAUCUCUUCAGGGUUCUCCUGAUGAUAGUAUCAUUGCCGCAGCUCAGUUCCUACACCCCGUUAUUUCAUCCCUCUGCCCACCUUCUUUCGUUAGUCCGCAGAAUGGAUUUUCUUUAGAACUGACUUCUACACUUCUUGUCAAGGACAAGCUCAAUGCCUUUGGAAUAAUGCAGCCCUUCUCUUCAGAUGAUGACCAGAGAUCUGUCAGAGCUUAUGGUAUUUACCCCUAUGCUUCGUUUUUUAACCAUGAUUGCCUUCCCAAUGCCUGCAGAUUUGAUUAUGUGGACGCCAAUCCACCUGAUGGCUGCCAUAAUACUGACUUUAUUAUUAGGAUGAUUCAUGAUGUUCCCCAAGGUAGGGAGAUCUGUUUGAGUUAUUUCCCUGUGAAUGAAAACUAUUCUAGUAGGCAAAAAAGAUUGAUUGAAGACUAUGGCUUCACCUGUAAUUGUGAUCGAUGUAAUGUGGAGUCUAAUUGGUCAGAUAAUGAUAGUGUUGAAGAUAAUGCUGAGGAUGAAGAGGAGGUUAUGGAUGAGGACCAAUAUGAAACUAUGGCAGCGUCAGACACUGGCAAUCAUGCCCUUGAAGAUAACAAUGAUUUCCCACAUUCUUAUUUCUUUUUAAGAUACAUGUGUGAUAGAUUGAAUUGCUGGGGAACAUUAGCUCCUUUACCUCCUCAGGGUGAUACCCCAUCUAAUGUCAUGGAAUGCAAUGUCUGUGGCAAAUUGAAGAAUGGCGAUACCUUUGAUACUGAUGAAGUUCUUAUGGAGGACUAA